UCUCAACCACCUACCUGCCAGUGAAUCCAACUGUACCUUCCGUAGUUCCGACAUAGCUAGCUAGGAUUGAAAAAUCUCCAUCUCCACAGAAAAUUAGACCAUGUUACCAUCAAUGUCAGUUCAAGCCAACAUAAAGGGAACUUUCGCUUGCCCGUCUUCUUUAUUUUCCAAGAAACCUUAUCUCCAAACCUCCACAACUCCAUUCUCUGUAAAGCCCAGAGCUCCUCCUGCAACAAUAAUUCUUGAAGCCAAAACCACACCCAUUAGAAGAGACUUCAAGAUUUCAGCUACGGCUGCUUUGGAGACUGCAGUAUCAGCUCCCACCCAGAGUGGAGCGGGGGUGAAGAAGGUGGGGAAGACGAAGCUGGUUUUGAAGUUCGUAUGGAUGGAAAAGAACAUAGGGUUAGCACUUGAUCAAGAAAUAGCAGGGCAUGGUACAGUUCCUUUGAGUCCAUACUUUUUUUGGCCAAGGAAAGAUGCAUGGGAAGAGCUGAAGACCACACUAGAGAGCAAGCCUUGGAUAUCUCAGAAGAAAAUGAUCAUAUUGCUCAAUCAGGCCACUGAUAUCAUCAAUUUGUGGCAGCAAAGUGGUGUCAACAUCUCCCCUUAAUUCUAAUUUCUUUUGUAAUUCUGUCUCCUUCCUGCCUGCUGCUAUGCAAAUAACCAAUACUCUUGUUUCAUCUUAUUUAUUCCUUUUUUUUUUUUAAUAGUGUGUGACAUCGAGGUUUAGAAUUAUCCAUCUUUAUGAUUAUAUACAUAAAUUGCUCUCUUUUGGAGCAGAAAAAUAUUGGAGAUCCAUUUUGGUGAGUUA